ACGAAAAUCAAAACAAGUCUGACAAAUCAAUCAAUCAACGUGUCUUUUGCUCAGAAAAGUUUUAAUUGAAAUGGAUAAAAACUGAAAAUGAACUGAAGUUGGCAAGUUGGUUGUCAUGACUUCAAUACAGUCCAAUACCGAAAGACAAGAUGACGAAAUACAAGUUUUGCAAGCAAUUUUUACAGACGAUUUUGUUGACUUAAGAAAACAAAAUGUAUGGAAGACAAGGAUACCACCUGAAAUUCGACUUACAUUACGACCCCAGUUAAGUAUGAGCAGUGAUCUUGAUAAUCAUACGCAAGUAGAUUUGUACCUGAAAUGUUCUACAUUAUAUCCAGAUCAGAUUCCUGAAUUUAGGUUAGAAAAUCCUAAAGGAAUCACAAAUUAUGAGUUAUCUGUCUUGAAAGAUGAAUUAGAAAACCAGGUUGUUACAUUGGUUGGAGAAGUUCUCAUAUUAGAUAUGGCUCAAACUGUUCAAAAAUUUCUACAUGCUCAUAGCCGUCCUGCACCCAAGUCUUUUUAUGAGGAAAUGUUAUCAAACAAACGUAGGCAAGAAGAAAAACUAGCACUAGAACAACAAAAAAGAAAUGAAAUGAUAAAAAGAAAAGAAGACAAAGAGCGCCAACUUAUCGAAGAAGAAAUUGCAAAAAGACAAACUGCCUUGAAGUUAGAAAUGAAAAGAAAGAAGGAAGAAGAGAAACAGUUUGAUGUAAUAGAAACUUUAGAAAUUGAUGGCCUAGCAACUACACAUAUGUCACCUAUACAACCAGUUCCUUACAGAUGUACGUCUCUUGCAUCUGAUACUUCAGAUGGUGGAAAAUAUGGGCUAUCUUCAACAAGAAGACACAGACGGACUAGUACGCCAAUGAGUGUGUCAGAGGAAGAACAUGAGUGUCAGUGUAAAGAACAUAAAGCUGGUCUACAAGUUCUUUUAUUUAACUCAAAAGGCGAUCGCACUGUACAACGUGGAAAAUGUUUGGGACAUAGUGAAAAUGGUAGUACUGUUUAUGCUGGAUUAGAUACCGCUAGUGGUGAUGUGGUGGCCGUUACAGAAUGGUUAUUAAAAUGGAGACAUAUAGCUAAAAAAAAAAGGGAAAUCAUCGAACUAGACCUAGAAGGGAACACUUACAUGAAACAGGGUGGCUGAAGAAAAUUUCUUCCUGACCGGCAUCCAGGCCUUGCAACAUCACUGACAAAAGUGUGUACAUCUCGAAGGGGACUGACUAUGUAGAAAAAUAAAUGGAAGCCAGGUCUUUCACAGGUAUUAACAGAAUAUUCUGGUGGAGGAUGUUUAGAUAGAUAUUUAAAAAAGAAAGAAGCUCUAGCUAUUGAGAAAUUAAAACAUUAUACUAAAGAAUUGUUAGAAGCUCUAGAAUACCUUCACAAUAAAGCAGUUGUACAUAAAAAUUUAAGGUCAUCUAGUGUUUUUGAAGAUGCAAAUGGAAAAGUUAGGUUAGCUGAUUUUAGUGUUAAUAAAAGGUUAGCAGAAUUAUAUGAAAGUGUUGAAAAUGCUAGACCUGGUGUUCACUUCUGUGUUAGUCCGCAGGUUGUUGGUCGUGGUGGAAAAAAAGGAGAUAUUUAUCAGUUGGGUAUAAUGUUAUUGUCUUUGGCAGAAGGUGAAAAAGUAACUACCAUUCCUCCUACCAUACCGACACAUUUACCACAAAUAUUUCACGAUUUUCUUACCAAAUGUAUAAUGAAUGAUGAAAGAUUACGUUGGUCAGCUACACAGUUACAAGAUCAUCCUUUUUUGAAAGAAACAAUACUCCCACCAUUACCUGAAAAACUUCCAGUAAAACAAAAAGAGGUGAAGAAAAGUAUUAUUGAGGAUGAUGAUGAAGAAGAAAUACCAUAUAUAACAGCAUUUGAAGCCAGUGGUCUUUCCAGAUUAACCAAUGAAUUUGAAAUAAUGAAAUCUUUAGGAAAAGGAGGAUUUGGUGAUGUCCUUAAGGUUAAAAACAAGUUAGAUGGUCGUAUAUAUGCUAUCAAGAGAAUUCCUCUCAACCCCAAAAGUCAGCAUUUUACAAAGAAAAUUACCAGAGAAGUAAAACUAUUGUCCAGAUUGAACCAUGAAAAUGUAGUAAGGUAUUAUAAUUCAUGGAUAGAAACUAGUGAUGAUCCAGCCAAUAGUGACACAUCUUCUAGUGCUGCUGGUACAUCAUCAGCUAAAACAGACUCUGAUAAAAAGACACCCUCUUCUGAUUUUACCAGCAGAAACAGUCUAGGUUUUAUUGAUAACAUAGAAAACAUGGCACCACCCACAAAAACAGAUACUUCAUUAGAAUGGACUAUGAAUUAUUCUUACAGUACAAGUCAGUUACAGAAACCUUUCUCUGAAUCAGAUUCGGACUCUGAUGAUGAUAAUGAUGAUUUGCGUGCUUCGUUCUUUCCAUUGUUUGAUGAAGAUUCUAACAGUAUUAUAUUUGGUGGAGAUGAUGAAGAUGAUAAAUUUGAAGAUACUUCAGUUAUUUCUAAAAAAGACAAUAUGAAAAAGGAAACUGCAUUAGAUGAAACUGACAGCUUAUUAGAUAGUGGACCAAAGCUGCAAUAUCUCUAUAUACAGAUGGAAUAUUGUGAGAAAAGUACAUUAAGAAAUUGUAUAGAUGCUGGAUUAUAUGAAGAUGUUGAUAGAACAUGGAGAUUAUUCAGAGAGAUUAUUGAAGGACUUAUACAUCUACAUGACCAGGGAAUGAUUCACAGAGAUUUAAAACCAGUCAAUAUAUUUUUAGACUCAAAUGAUCAUGUUAAGAUUGGAGAUUUUGGAUUAGCUACAACAGAUAUUCUAGUCAAGCAAAGUGCAUUAUUAGAUGCAAGUAAACAGAUUGGUAAUGUUUCUGAUUUUUAUCUCAGUUCUUCACGCUCUAUUAGUUUAGGAGAUGGUAAUUUAACAGGUAAUGUAGGAACAGCACUCUAUGUAAGUCCAGAAGUCAUGGCUAGUGGUGGUAAACUACAUUAUGAUCAGAAAGUGGAUAUAUACAGCCUUGGAAUCAUAUUUUUUGAGAUGUGCUAUCGACCAUUACCAACGGGAAUGGAAAGGGUAACCGUAUUAGGAAAUGUCCGUCUGCCAUCAAUUCAAUUGCCGUCAGACUUUGAUGAAAUAGAAAUGGCCAACCAGACCUGUAUUAUAAGAUCACUUCUGAAUCAUGACCCUAGUUGUCGUCCAACAUCUAAAGAAUUAUUACAGUCUGACCAUUUACCUCCCCCGCAAAUGGAAGAAGCAGAACUGAAUGAAAUUUUGAGAUCAACCAUAUCCAAUCCCCAGAGUAAAUCUUACAGACGUAUGAUAGACGCCAUGUUUUCACAGCCUGUUCCACUUAUUCAACAUCUAACUUAUGACAAUGAUCUUUAUAAGGGUGUUCUUACUACGAAAGCAGCCUUAGUACAGACAAGUGUUCAUGGUACAAUAGAAAGGAUAUUUCAGCGACAUGGUGCUUUAAGAAUGUCAACCCCCAUUUUAAUGCCCAAGUGCUUUUUGUAUCAGGAUGAACAAUAUGCAUGUUUUAUGGACCAUAGUGGUAAUGUUGUAGGUCUGCGCUGUGAUCUCAGAGUACCUUUUGCUCGUUAUGUUGCAAAGAGUCAUAUUCAGUCAUUAAAAAGGUAUUGUAUUGAUCAUGUUUACCAAGAAAAGAAAUUAUUCGGCUUACAUCCAAAAGAAAUGACAGAGUGUGCAUUUGACAUAAUUACUCCAUAUCAGUUUGGAUUGAUACCAGAAUCUGAGUUAUUAGCUGUUGUAGGAGAAGUUGUUAAUGAAUUCCCAGCUUUACAAGAAAGAAAUUAUUAUUUUCGUAUUAACCAUACAUGUUUAUUGAAAUCUGUAUUGGUGUAUUGUGGGAUACCAGAAGAUAAACAGCAGUCUGUUUUGUUGUGUUUACGUGACUUUCAGCAUAAAAAGGCAGAAAGGCGUCAAAAUCUUGAAUCAAGUUGUGGUGUUACCUUUAAUGAACACACUGCUGCAAUGUUCUUCACCUUAUUAGAUUAUGAAGGAACUUAUAAAAACAUCAACAGUUUACUUCGUUCUUUAACCAAGUCAAAGGGAGAAGCUGGUACUUUAGUUAAGAGAGCAUUGCAUGAAUUAGAAGCUGUGAUAAUUUAUGCUGAGGCUUUAGGUGUUAAAUUAGAGAUUAAGGUGACAGUUGGUUUGAUUUAUAAUCCAUUACAAUAUAGUGGUAUUAUAUUUCAACUUAUGUAUGAACAUAGAAAAAAGAAGAGAUUAGUAACGGAUGUAUUAGCUGCUGGAGGAAGAUAUGAUCAAUUAAUAAAUCAUUUUCAUCGUUCCUCUAAACUUGAUAAAGAUUCAGGUAUUGGUGAAAGUAGCCCAUGUGGUGUGGGUGUUAGUAUGGCUUUUGAAAAAAUUGUUGCUGCUGUCAUGGAAAAUUUGGAAGAGAAUCCAUGUUCUCAUGAUAUAGUUGUCUGCUCUGUUGGUCAUAAUCCUAUGUGGAAAGAAAGAUUGAAUAUAGUAAAAGAUCUGUGGUCUGCUGGAUUAAGAGCUGAAGUAUUGUAUGAUUCUAUACAGAGUUUAGAAGAUGUUCAACUAUACUGCCAGAAUUUACACAUUCCAUUUAUAGUUUAUUUAAAAGAUGGUGAUGGUGGAUUUGUUAGAAUACGAUGGGUUGAAAGAGAAAAAACUAUGGAGAAGAAAGUCAGGAUACCUGAAACAGUUACAAUGUUACAAGACAAGCUACAAGCAAUCACAAAAUCAGAUGUAAAUGAUGCUAAUCCAGUUGUGAGUAGAGGUACUUGUAAUACUAAUACCUCUAUAGAAGGUAAUCAGAUCAGUAGUAUUAAUGUACCAAGUUUUAACUUUCACUUCGUUAAUGAAAAUAAUAAACUACCAGUUAACACCAGAAGAAGAUAUGAAUCACAGAUAUUUGCUAAAGUAUGCAGUGUUUUACCAUGGUUACCUGGAAAGUCAUUAGAUGUUAUAGCUAUUAAUGUAGAUUACACUACUUUAAAAAUAAUAGCUGCCUAUCUGGAGAUAAAUGAAGAUGAAAACGCAUUUAAUAAAAGUAUCAGUGUUGUGUUAGAUAAGCAACAAAGAAAUAAAAAAUACUUAGUGAAAAUAUUGGACCAAAUUUAUGAGCUGAAGUUUGAGAAAAAAUGCUGUUAUUUUGUUAUUUAUGGAAUGAAAGAUGACAGUAUGAAACUUAUGACAUGAAUAACAAUCAUAGUAUUGUUGAAAUCAAAGAAAACAGUGGAUACAGAUUGGACUUUGGGAACAGAUUUUUAUACGCCCACAUUGAAAUGUGGUCCUAUAUUGUCGUCACCCCCGUCCGUUCAUCCAGCGUCCACAAGCGUCCGUCUGUCAAUGUGGACCCUCUAGAGGCUAAAGUUAAUAUCCGAUUGACUUUAAAUUUAUACACAGUGUUUAAGGUCAUGAGACGAAGAAGCGUAUUGAUUUUCAGCGAUUUCCGAUAAUAACUGCUAGAGGUAGCGCCCUUGAUCACGUCAAAAAAUCUUGUGGACGCUCUAGAGGUCAAAGUUAAUAUCCGAUUGGCUUUAAAUUUAUACACCGUGUUUACGGUCAUGAGACAAAGAAACCUAUUGAUUUUCAAAGAUUUCUGAUAAUUACUGCCAGAGUUAUGGCCCUUGAUCACUUUUAAAAAUCUUGUGGACGCUCUAGAGGCCAAAGUUAAUAAAUUUAUACGCAGUGUUUGAGGUCAUGAGACCAAGAAUCCUAUUGAUUUUCAACGAUUUCCAAUAAUUACUGCCAAAGUUAUGGCCCUUGAUCAAUUUAAAAAAUCUUGUGACGCUCUAGAGGCUAAAGUUAUCAUCCGAUUGACUUCAGAUUGAUACACAGAGUUUAAGGUUUUGAGACGAACAAGUAUAUAGAUUUUCAAUGUAUUUUGAUAACUUGAACAGCUAAAUCCAUGAUAUUAAAUGUUUCGUAUACUAAACAUUAGCAUGGGGCAGAACUUUAUAACAACCAAACAAAUUCUAAUGAUUUUCUGAUGAUUAAUUAAUGAGUUGUUACUCUUUAAUCAGAUUUUAGUGUAUUAUAAAUGUUUCAUUAUCGAAAAAAGUAAAAAUAUGCGACAACUCUUGUUGACUGCCCGGAUGAUUUAGCUGCUGUGGGUGUAUGUUUCGUUGCCUGGCAACCUAUCUUUAUACUCCCACAUGGAAAGUCCGUCCGUCCAAUCCAUCGUCCACAAUUUCUUGUGAACGCUCUAACUCCACAAGUUAUAAUCCGAUUGUUUUAAAAUUGAUGUAUGUGGUUUACAUGAAAAAGCCUAUUUAAUUUCAAUAAUUUCUGUUCAUUACGUCUUUAGAUAGGCCCUUGUCUCACUUUGUUGAACCUUUUGAAAUCUAUUACCUCAAAAGUUAUCAUCUAAUCUUUGUGAAAUUUAUAUGCAUUAUUUAUAAUAGUGAAACAAAGAAGUCUAUUGAAUUUCAGCAAUUUCCAUUUAUUACGUCUAGAGUUAUGGCCCUUGUUUCACUUUAUUGAACCUUGUGAACGCUCUAACGCCAAAUGUUGUCACCCAAUCUUUGUGAAAUUUAUAUGCAUGAUUUAAAUUAGUGAAACGAAGAAUCCUAUUGAAUUCAGCAAUGUCCAUCAAUUACUACUAGAGUUAUGGCCCUUGUUUCACUUUGUUGCACCUUGGGAACCCUCAUCGCUCAAAUAUCAAAAGUUAUCUGCCGAUCUGUAUGAAAUUGACAUGCGUCAUUUGAAUUAGUAAAGAGAAGAAUCCUAUUGAAUUUCAGCAAUUUCUGUUUAUUACUUUCAGAGUUAUGACUCUUGUUUCACUUUGCUGCACUUUGUGAACUCUCUAACCUCUAAAAUUAUCUGCCGAUCUGUAUGAAAUUUAUAUGUGCCAUUUAAGUUAGUAACAGUCCUAUUGAAUUUCAGCAAUUCCUGUUUAUUAGGUCUAGAAUUAUGUCUCGUUUCACUUUAUUGAACCUUGUGAAUGCUCUAACGCCAAAAGUUAUCAUCCGAUCUUUGUGAAAUUUAUAUGCAUUAUUUAUAUUAGUGAAACGAAAAAGCCUUUCAAAUUUCAAUAAUUUCUGUAGACUACUUCCUGAGUUGAGGCCCUUGUUUCAGUUUGUAGUACCCUCAAAUGACAAAAAUUAUAAUCUGAUCUGUAUGGAACUGUCUUGUAAAGGCCCCCAAUUACCUACAAAGGAAUAAAUAUGCGACAACCCUUGUCGACCGCUCAGACAAUUUAGCUGCUGUGGGUGUAUGUUUUGUUGCCUGGCAACCUAUCUUUUUAUUUUACAAACUAAUUGGGCAUAGAAUGUCCACAAAUGUCCAUGUUGCUAUAACUGGAAUAAAAGUGUGCUAGGUGCUAUGGAAUAAGAUGUUAAUUUUUAAAAUCAUGUACAAUUAAAUUGAAGAUAUUUUGAAUAUUAAUUGUUUUAUAUUUUUAAAAUAAUUAAUUAAAAAUUGAAGUUUUAUGAGGAUAUUGUAUAUUAAUUGAAUAAAACAGACAAUAACAAACCUUCCAGUACAACCUCCUGUCUCAGACAUCUACUUUUUAAAUCAAAGAUUUGGGUUUACUCCAAAAGUGACCAAUAAACAAUUCUAAACCCUUACCACUAAACUUGGUGUUAUCUCUGGUUGCUUAAAAUUGAUUUCACAAUUAAAUAUUUCCAUAAAUAAAAAGAAAGUUCUCUUGUAACAUCCAUAAUUUUCUUCAUACAUUUGUCUUAACAUGAGCAACUCAUUGAACCCAGUGAUCUGGUCAAAGACGAAACAAAUCAGAUUUUCAGUAGGUGUGUGUGUAAAAUUGUUUCAACAAUUCUGAAUGGACCAUAGUCAGGGACGGAUUGGGCCGGUCAGAAAAAAAUAAUUUUGUCCAAUUCGUCUAAAAAAAACUUUUUCUGCUGAACAUUAUAUGGGGUGGGGAGGGGGGUAUUGGACCGGCCAUGGAGCGAUGAUGAUCAUGUUGUAUGUGGCCGGUGGCUUUAAUGGGCCGCCACGCCAUCACUGGAGUCUGUACUGGGCUGGUAAAAUAGACUUUCUGGGCUGGGUGUGGGCCGGAAUUCGGAAUCCUGCAUAAUAAGACGAUAUGAUAAUUUCUCAGGUUGAUGGUUGUAAAUCGAUUUAUGAGAUAUAUUAUUUGACAGAGAUUAUAAUCAGAUAUGCCACCAAAUCUCAUAUUUGGGGUUUAUUUUUCAAAAUUUUCCAGGGGGAGAGCCCCCGGACCCCCCGUCCAGGCUCUGCGGUCAGUAAAAGGGGCCGCUCCGACACGGGAGCCCGGGCCGGUUCCCGGACCCAAUCCGCCCCUGACCAUAGUUAGACAUGCCAGUAGUGCCCAGUAGUGCCCAGUGGACUGAUACAUUAGAAUAUGAUAUUCUCAAUCAACAUAUUUUUUGUGAUUUCUUUUAGUUAUAGUUGAUCACCCCAUAUCAAAAUUUCUGAUAAAUUUGAAUCUCUGUGUCGGGAUUGACGACGAAAUCCAUGUUUACUUUAAACAACAACCUGAUGUCAGAGGAAUGUUUGAGUUAGGGAGUUCACACAUUAAUGCUUUAUAUUCACUAAUGAGACCAAAAACAAACUUGCGGGUAACUGAAAACUUUUGGAUUUCAAAAGGUAGGCCUACAUAAAAAUACAGGUACUGCUUAUUAGUUAUUAAUUAAUUCACUUAAAGGUCUGAUUUAAAUCGCAAGAAUAUGGUUGAUUGUUUUAUACACCAAGGCAUUUUAUUAAUUGCAGAAAUUUAAUCUAUACAAAUCCUGUUCAUUACAAAUAGCUUAUCAGAUAUUUCAGACUGAAAAAUUGAUUAUAAUUAUUGUUGAUGUUAUCGGAUAAUAAUUAUUGAUGAUGGUCAUUGUGAGACCUAAAUAUCUGAGAAAAUUCGAUAUAAUUUAAUAUGUCUCAUUAUUUUCAAUAUUUGCAUAUAUUAUAUGUAAACUACUUCAUUCAUGUGUAUUUUUUGUCCCCCGCCUUUCGAAGAAAGCAGGGGACUAUUAAAAUGGGUUCGUCUGUCUGUCUGUCUGUCUGUCUGUCUGUCUGUCUGUCUGUCUGUCUGUCUGUCUGUCUGUCUGUCCGUCCGUCCGUCCGUCCGUCCGUCCGUCCGUCCCGUCCGUCCGUCCGUCCGUCUGUCUGUCCGUCCGUCUGUCUGUCCGUCACACUUUUUGGGACACAAUAACUCUCUUCCUAAUUGAGCUAGAAUGUUCAAACUUGGUGUAUGUGUUUAUUAGGUCAAUGCCUUGAUGGAGUUCGAAGAUGAGCAUUUUCCGCUUAGGGUAAGCAGAGAUAAGCAAUUUGAUUGGUUGAUGCUUUGGGACACGAUAACUCUCUUCCUAAUUGGGCUAGAAUGUUCAAACUUGGUGUAUGUGUUGAUUAGGUCAAUGCCUUGAUGGAGUUCGAAGAUGAGCAUUUUCCGCUUAGGGUAAGCAGAGAUAAGCAAUUUGAUUGGUUGAUGCUUUGGGACACGAUAACUUUUAAUUGAGCUAGAAUGUUCAAACUUGGUGUAUGUGUUUAUUAGGUCAAUGCCUUGAUGGAGUUCGAAGAUGAGCAUUUUCCGCUUAGGGUAAGCAGAGAUAAGCAAUUUGAUUGGUUGAUACUUUGGGGCACGAUAACUCUAUUCCUAAUUGAGCUAGAAUGUUCAAACUUGGUGUAUGUGUUGAUUAGGUCAAUGCCUUGAUGGAGUUCGAAGAUGAGCAUUUUCCGCUUAGGGUAAGCAGAGAUAAGCAAUUUGAUUGGUUGAUGCUUUGGGACACGAUAACUUUAGUUCUAAUUAAGUGAGAUUGAUGAAACUUGGUGUAUAGAUUUAUUAUAUGAAUACCUUAACUAAGUUCGAUAAUGAACAUUUUUUGCUGAGGGUAAGCAGAGUGAUAAGCAAUUUGAUUGGUAGAAACUUUGGAACACAAUAACUCUCCUUCUAAUUGAGGUAGAAUGUUCAAACUUGGCAUAGGUGUCUAUUAGGUGAAUGUUUAAACUUGAUGUAUAUGUAGAUGUUCAUUAGGUGAAUGUCUUGACUGAGUUCAAUAAUUAACAUUUCGAGCUGAAGCUAAGCAGAGCUAAUCGAUUUCAUUUGUCGAUGGUUUGGGACAAGAUAAUCUUGAUUCUAUCUGAUAGAGAGUGAUGAAACUUAGUGAAAAAAAUAAAUGUGCGAUUAAUUAAUAUGUGUCAUCUAUUUAUUUUGCAAUUUCGGCGGGGGACAUCAGCCUCACUGUUGGCUUGUUUUUACCUAGAUCAUCAUUUGGAUAUAUGUUUAAUGUUAUGUUGAUGAUUUUACAUGUAUGUAAAAUGUAUUCAUAUGUGAUAUGUUUUGUAGAUAGCAAACAUUUUAUAAAUAAAAUCUAUUUAUUUGUA